AUGGACAAGACUUGGAUAUAUGAAAGUGAUAGAUUGAGCGCAAAAUAUUUACAAGGGAUUGAAUAUUUCUUUAAAUUUGCCUUGAAGUUUUCGGAGGAUGGGCUACUUGCAUGUCCAUGUAAUGAAUGUGUUAAUGUAUUCCGAUUUGAUCGAAAUAUUGUCAUGGAUCAUCUUCUUAGUAAAGGAUUUUCUCGAGGUUAUACUCGUUGGUAUUUCCAUGGAGAAUUGUUACCGUCAACAACUUUCGAGUCACAAUUCAAGGAAUUAAGGUCAAAUGCACAAGAAAAUGUAAACAAAUACAUUCAAGAUAUGGCCUUAGGGUAUGCGAAUAUGGGAGAAACUUCUCAUAAUAGAGAAUUUGAGGAAAAUUUCAAUUUGAGCGGAGAUCAAAAUAAUUAUCCCCAAUGUGAUGUAUUGAGCGAAGAAGCUAAAAAGUUUUAUGGAUUUUUACAAGAAAAUGAUGAAAAGCUUUUUGAAGGAUGUCGAAAACUUACCAAAUUGUCAUUUAUUAUAGAUCUUUAUCACAAAAAAUGCAUGGGAGGGUGGAGUAAUGCUUCUUUUCAAGGGCUACUUGAUGAGUUAAGAAGUACAUUUCCCAAGAGUGAAAGUCUACCAAAGUCGGCUUAUGAAGUGAAAAAACUCAUUAGCAAAUUAGGACUUGGGUGUAAAAAGAUAGACGUUUUUCCUAAUAAUUGUAUGUUGUUUUGGAAGGAAGAUGUGGAUAAUCAACGAUGUUCGUUCUGCAACGCUUAUAGAUGGCAUGACGAUGAAGAUGAAAUUUCACAUAAAAAAAGAAAGAAAAAGAGAAAACCAAAGAAGGUGUUAAAGUGGUUUCCUUUAAAACCAAGACUUCAGAGAUUGUUUAUCUGUUCUAAAACAGCAUCUUUAUUUCGAUGGCAUUCUGAUGAGCGUAAAGAUGAUGGAUAUUUGAGGCACUCUGCUGAUUCUCCUGCAUGGAAAGAAUUUGACAAUAGGUAUAAAGAUUUUGCAAAUGAUCCUCGUAAUGUUAGACUUGGGUUAGCAAGUGACGGGUUCAAUCCUUUUCACACAAUGAGCAUUGUACACAUCACUUGGCCAAUAUUAUUAACCAUAUAUAAUUUGCCACCUUGA